UAGGCCAGGAAGCCUGUAUGGAGCAGGACACACAAUCAUGGCUACAAGGCAGAUGAUUGUGGCGAUCUGUCUCACGGCAGCCGUCUGUUUGACUGAGGCUAGAAGCGUGAUUCAAGAAAAGGCUUACAACCCUGACACGAGUCUCACGACGCCGGAGCUAAUAGCGAAGUAUGGGUACCCUGCAGAGAGUCACACUGUGGUCACAGACGAUGGCUACAUUCUGACCUUGCAUCGCAUCCCUAGCAGCAAAAGAGUGGCUCAGAAAUCGCCAGUACUAUUGCAACACGGUCUACUGUGCAGCUCCGCCGACUGGGUCAUCAGCGGUCCGGACGAAGGCUUAGCGUAUCUCCUAGCAGACCGUGGUUACGACGUGUGGUUGGGAAAUGCCAGAGGAAAUGUGUACUCCAGAAAACAUGUGGACCUCAGACCGUCAGACAAGAAGUUCUGGGACUUCAGUUGGCACGAGAUGGGAGUGAGUGAUCUGCCAGCAGUUAUUGACUACAUACUUCAGACAACAGGAUCGGAACAGAUCUUUUACGGUGGACAUUCCAUGGGAACCACCAUGUUCUAUGUCAUGGCGUCAGAGCGCCCGGAGUACAACACGAAGAUCCGUGCCAUGAUCAGCCUCGCUCCCGUUGCUUUUAUGUCCCACCUGAAGAGUCCGAUGAUCCAGCUGGCUUCUAAAGUCGGCGACGAACUUAAGUGGCUGCUGGACCUCAUGGGAGUUUAUGAAUUCUUACCGCAUUCGGACCUGCUGUCACUGAUCGGAGAGGCCUUGUGUAACGACCAUGCCAUCACUGCAGACCUCUGCGCCAAUGUCUUAUUCCUUAUUGCUGGUUUCGAUUCUCCGCAGCUCAACAAGACUUUGUUGCCUGUGAUCCUCGGUCACACGCCAGCAGGAGCCUCCACGAAGCAACUGCUGCACUACGGCCAGGAAGUCGAGUCUGGGAAGUUCCGGCAGUAUGACUACGGGCUGGUUGGGAACCUCCUCAAAUACGGGAGAAUCAACCCACCCGACUACGACCUGAGCAAGGUGACAGCCCCACUCGCUGUCUACUACAGUGACAACGAUUGGCUGUCAGCCGUAAAGGACGUGGAUAAGCUGUCUGAGAAAGUGCCUAACCUUGUCGAAAAAUUCCACGUGCCACUGGAAAAAUUCAACCAUCUGGACUUUCUGUGGGCCAUUGAUGUGGAUGUGGUAGUCUAUGAAGAUGUGAUCAAACUCUUAGAAAAUUACUGAUACCAAGCAGACCUCGUAGUGAGUCACAAGAUAUGGAAAUUAAAUUAACUGAAACAUUUCAAUUUGUUGUUCAUAGAAAGAAAGGAA